AUGUUGGCCUUUCUUGUGCUGCGGUGGUGUCGUAAGUUAUCUUUUCUCGUUUGCUUUAAAAGGGAACAUUUGAAGGCGCCGUCUCUAUCCGGCGAAGGGGCACCGCUGAAGGCGGGUCUACAGGAGGGUAAAGACUACGAGAUAUUAGCGCCGUGUUUAUGGCGAUCGUUGCUGCGUUGGCAUGGAGGUGCAGCACGUGAAGGUAUAGCACUACCACGCCGUGUCCUACCAACCUCCUAUGUGGAACCAAGCUCUUUAACACCGUCAUUGCUCACUGUUGAAUUAUAUCCGUUGACGUUACUUAUUCUUAGACAUACCACGGCUUCUGGCAGUUGGUUGCAGUCUGCUUUUGGUAGGUUUUUGCAUUCAUUUCUCCUUUUUUUAUACUAA